CUGAAGACAUUCCCAGGAACGCCUGUUGAAGUCAGCAUGGAUGAGACAGUGUUUGUGAUUCUCCUGCUUACAGUUGGACAACUAAUCCACUUCCCAGGUUUCUGCAUUCACUCCGCUUCCUUUCCAAACAUCUACUACUUUUUCGGAGAGAAUAAGACUUGGGAGGAAGCAGUAGCUUACUGCAACUCCGAGUACACUGGACUGGCCCAAAUCCCAGACCAAGAAAAUGCAAUCGCAAUGAUGAACACUCCAACUUGGGGAUACACAGACAAGGCCUGGAUAGGACUGUACAAGGAGCCUUCUGAAUGGACCUGGGAGAACGGACUACCAUUCACAUAUUCCAACUGGGGACCUCAUCAGCCAGACAACUUUAAUGCCACUGAGUUCUGUGUAUCCAUGGCUGAUGAUGGACUCUGGGCAGAUUACAGCUGCUCAGAAAUGAAAUAUGCUAUAUGUGAUCGUGGAAACUUUUACAUUCCUCCCGCACAAAUGACUUGGAAUGAGGCCAGAUACUACUGUGACAGAUAUAGCCUUCUGGCCGCUGUCCCUGAUGAAACCACAAAUUCUGGAAUGCAACAAAUCAUGAAUUCAAAGGGAGUAAAAGACGCAUGGAUCGGCCUCUACAGAAAUAACUACUGGUACUUGUCAGACAACGGAGAAUACGCUUCAUUUUUCAAAUGGCAACCUGAACAACCUGACAAACCAUACGUGGAAGAAAGUUGUGCGGCUGUAGUGGUCAAAGAUGGAACCUGGACUGAUGAGCAGUGCAGUGCAACAUACCCUUUCUUCUGCUAUAGAAUCUACAACUCACACAAAAUAGUGGUGAGGAUGAAGUUCAAGUCAAAGGCAAAACUUGAUGAUCCAGCCUACAGUGUGGAGCUAAAGCGACAGUUGGGUGCAGCAUUUGUUAAUCUGGGAAUGCCGAACAUCAAACUGACCUGGACGAAAACUGCUGUGAAGCAGACAGAAGAGGGCAUUAAAGAUACUUGUUGACCCUGGGAGAACAACUCCCAGAAUGAUACACCACAACGUUGUUGAUACAAAGAAAGUUUACUGUUACUGUGUAAGUUACUCUGGAAACAAAGUAAUUGCUAAUGUUUGACCAGAUUUAAGAAAAGCUCAGCCUCUGUAUGCACAUUUUCUUUGUGGUGACAGUGUUGCAUUUGCAGUGUAAAGAUGCAACUUUUCUGCUUUCAGUUUUGAAUGAAUUUCCAUUAGAUGUUAACGUGUUUGACACUUCCUGUGUGUUUGUCUUAGAGGUAAUGUUGAGUGAUACAGUGAGUUAGAACUAAUAUAUAAACUAUAAAAUAAAUAUGUAUUAUUUUAAAUUGAAUCUGAUAAGACCUAAAAUUGUUUUCAUCAUUCUUUUUUUCCACCACUGUUAUUGUACAUUCUCAUAAUGCUUUAUUUGGAUUUAUAAAUAAUGAGACAGUCACAUCCACUGAGUAUAAAUUGAGUCUGGUAAUAAAAAAUGAAAAUGUUUAAAAGUUAAGCAAGAACUCAGUGGGUCUUAGGAUUUUUUAAUUCCUGUUUUUAUUGUCUACUUAAAUAUCAAUUAAGGAAGUGCUUUAUUUGUAGGUCAUCCAAUAUAUAUUCUGUCUUGACUUGUGGUGUUUUUGCUUAAGUGAAUAUAAAAUAAUGAAACGUGUGUGUUUUACUGCGGUGAAGAAUUGUUACUGUUGCUCUUCUGGUGUUGUAACAUUUUAAAAAAAGGUAACAAAUUACACUUUAUAAUGUGAGAAAAGCAGGGUAGAGAUUUCAAAAGUGCUGCGCGUCUCAUUUUUAGCAUCAAAAGCUCAUGAUUGUGUUCACUUUGAGAAGUUAGUGUGACAAUCAUGAACAGACAUAAGAAAGCAGUCAGCAUUAUGGUAACUGACUGACUACAUCAUUGUUGAGACUUUUAGCAAAAAAAAAGAAGCAAGUUGGUCAGAUGUGUUCAAUUAAAAUGGGAACGAGUGAUUUAAGUUUCUUAAAUGCUCAGAUAUGUUAGUUAUGUCCAU